CAAAGUGACAGACGACGGUUCAGACUUCAGAGCAAUUAUUGAAUAUUGAUGUCCAUUGAUGUCUAAUUUUUUGGAAGAUAAAGGUUAUUUUGUUUGAAUUAAAUCAAAAAAAGUAAAUAGGUGAUACGCUUUUUAAUAAUGAACAGCAUAGGGGAGGAAUGUACAGAUUUAAAGAAAAAGUAUGAUGACUGUUUCAACUCAUGGUUUUCUGAACGUUUUUUAAAGGGAGAUCACGACGACUCUGUAUGUGCAGGUAUAUUUAAGGUUUACCAAGAAUGUGUUAAGAAGGCAAUGAAGCAGCAGAACAUAGACUUUAAAGAUAUUGAUAAAGACGUUUUAGGUACCGAUAACGAGUUUAAGCCACCUGGUGGAGAUAGCAGUUGACAAAAAUGUAAUUUACUGUGUGUAUUCAAUCCAAUUACAUGCUGGAAUGUAAUGAACUUUAAGUUUGCUGACCGUGCAAUUACAAAUGCAGUUCAAAAAUAAAUGAAGUCACAUACUCAAAUCUGCUUAUUUAUGUUAUUGGAAAAGUUAUUCUUUGUAAAUUUUAGCACAUGAAAGCAAUAUUUUCUUUAAUGUUCCUAAAUUAGUGUACAAAUUAUCAAAUUUAAAGUUUUGCAUUACUCUGAGUGCUUAGAUUUUAUUUAUUUAUUUAUUUAUUCACACAUAUCAAAUACCAUUACAGGAUUUCCUAAUUCGGUAUUGACUUAAAACUAUAGAUGUUAUACAUAUAUAUUAAACUAAUACUACUAAUACUUAUACUAACAAAGAUUAAAUGUGUCCAGCAAAUUGUAAAAGGAUUAAACAUGCAUUUAUACUUUUAAUGACUUAAUAGAAAAUCAUACUGUAGUGGCAUUUAAGUGUAGUGUCUGUGAUGUUGUUAAUUUAUAUCUUUAUUAGAAAUAAAUAGGUAGUUGAUGUUC